GUCAGACACACCGUCUGAUCCCUGACAGGAACACAGGUGUUUGGGGGAGGCAAUGCAUGAAGCAUAAGCAGGGCGAGUGAUGUGUGAAAGUGAGAGGGGAGCAGUAGACUGAUAUACUGUCAUUUGCAUUACAGCUGGGUGUGUAGAGUGGGAGGAUUAUGUGAGGAAGAUAAAACGUGCAGAUCACCAGCAAUGAAGAUAAAACCCAGAUGAAGGGACAUGUGAUCAUCCAUGGAAGAGGCCUAUUCAUUUAUUUUCAGGCCGGCAAGGUCUUUGUUACAUUUUUAGAUGUAUAUUUCCAGUGUCAUCAUGGAGUCUUCGGAGCAAGCAGUGAUUUCGGACCAGAGGACGGGACGCCACUAUAUAGCAAAAGCCAAGAUUGCAGCACUUUUCUCUAACACCAGAGGUGCACGGGCAGAACCCUCAUCUGGGACGCUGCAGGAUGCGUUACCACUUCCGGAAAGAUCAAGAAUAAAUCAGUGUUUUCAGAAAGCAAGAAUCACUGGGAUUUUCCUCCAAGCCGCAGAACAAACUGAGAGUCAGGGAGAAGAUGCUCUGUACGAGCCAGGGUCUUCAGUGGACUUGGACGCUUUAGUGCCUACACACGAUGAACAGGGGAGAUCAAUACCAGAGUGGAAGAGGCAGGUGAUGGUCCAUAGGUUACAAGCUCACCUGGACCAAGAGGCCAAGCCGGGUGAAUUACGUUAUUCCCAAGCCCGAAGUGCCCUGCUGGGCCCAUAUGGUGAGCUAGUUACUGAGGAGGAGCUCUGUGUCUUUGAUGGACAGAUGGAAGGACUCCGCCGCCGCAGACAAUGUCAGCAUUAUGAGAGAGAACUAAGGAGACAGGUGAGACAGCUGCAGGCCCUGCUACCCACACCUCUGAUCAAUGUCAGCAUCAAUACAGGGCUUCUUCAGCAGAGAGAGGACCCAGAGUGGUGUGCAUGUAUGUCAAAUGUGAUCACCAGUAUGUCCAACCUGCUGUCCAUCAGUAAUGAGACAUCAAACUCUGCUACUAAGGUGAUCAUGGAACAGAAGAUUGGUUCGCCUUCACCUUCACCUUCUCCAAAGAAAGAGCUCGUACAGUGUGGGGUGUCUGUGCAAAGACUGAAGGUGCAGUUUGAGAAACAACAACAGCCGCAUGGUCAACGUAUAGUCAGGCCUUGUAGAGUGAAAAGAGAAUCAGAUGAUUGCUGUGACUCAGGGGUAAGUUCAGAAGAUUCUCCAUCUAACAGGGAUUCUCCUGUUCCACCCCGGACACUGAGGAAAGAACGCAUUGUCCUCUUGUUUCUAAGCCACUGGAAAAGGUCCGCAUAUUCUCUACAUGCAGCAUUAAGAGCUACAGAGAGCCCAGAGUCCAAGGAAACAGUGGCCGACGAUAGUAUUUACCAGGAUACAGAGAGUUCUAAAGACCUACCUGAUAUAAUCCAAAGAAUAGAAGAAAUGGAGUCAAAAACAGGAACAAAGUGUGAUGUGGAAAUAUCACAGAGACAAACUCAUAAAAAUGAGUCCAAAGAAAGGACACAGAAUGUUAUAUUAAGCAUUGAUGGAAAUGGUGUGGUAUCCCAGAAUGCUCAGGACAGCAGUGAAAUAAGGAAUGGACAAGAAUCUUUGGCAGGUGAAGCUUCCCCUCGUUCAGGUGGACUACUAGGACAACUGAUAACACAAACAACCACCAUGCAACGCCUAAUCGGAGCUUGGAGGUCAGUUCCACCAGAUACCUCUCGCUCUUCUGGAGACUUAUCUGCUUUUCAGUCUCCUGAACACUUUCUGUCAACAUCUUGUGGCCAAACUUCUGUUAAUCAUGACAGUCUUACCCUGGACUUGUUCAUGUUGGGAUACUUCAGACUUCUUGAGCAGGAUCUACCAGAAGAGGAAAGGCGGAUGAGGCAUCUGCUCUGUUUUGAAGUCUUUGACAAACUGGGACGCUUUGGCUGGCCUACAGCUAGAGAAUUUCAUUGCACAGUCUUACAGGAGAUAGCCACUGGGCAGCGCACAUGGUCUGAUGGCUUUGAGGACAUCAAAGCUCGCUUUUUUGGAUCUGGCACAGACCACAUGGAAACAGAAAACAAAGUCACUCAAAUUUCUGAGGGUCAUGAUAUGUGUCAGUGUAUUGAGAGAAGUUUCUCAUUUUGGAAAGAGAAGGAGGCUGAAAUAUUUGGCGACUCAUAACCAGUGAUCAGUGUGGGGAGCAAAAAUGCAUUCACCGUUACUUUGACAGAACUGAUUAAAAAAUCUUUGGAAGACUUCAUGGACACCUACUGGGAUUCAUGGAUACCUCCUGACAAUCUAACAGCAGUAUAGGAGGACAUAGUGAGAGCAGCAAAGCAGCCAAUGUCCUUUUCAUGUGUCUGUGUAUAUGUCCAUAGCUAAUACUGGGGUAAAUGUACAAUACCAGCACAUAUCGUACCGGUAUGGCUUUACCAAGGCGAAGAGGGAAGCACUAACACUGAGAUAUAUUAACAACUCAGCUGCCAGAGAGGUGGAGUGAAAACUCCCCCCUCUGGCAAUGCCUGUUAGCGCCCACAGUGCAUCAUCCUAGUGCUGAUGCUCUGUGUCUCUCCCCCUGGCCAGCUCCUUGGGAUGGACGAGAUCUCGCUAUUAUCGCAAGAUCACCUAUGCAGCCCGGAGAUGGCAGCCACCAUAGCCAAGGACUGCGCUGUCUCAGCUGUGGUGUAUGGUCACCAACACCUGCAGCUGUCAAAAUCAAUAGCUGCAGGUUUCGGAACGUUCAGUGCCACUGACCGAUCAUACAUUGCCCUGCAUAUUGGCAUGCUAUUUGUAGAUAAAGAUAGGGGUGCACCGCCUGUCAAAUGCCAGAGUCAUACAUAGGGGAGAAGCGGUAUAGUGCACGUAACAUGUGCUGAAACCGCUUCUCUCCCAUAACAGAUUAUCAUGAAUUUGCCCCACUGUCACAGGGGUGUGGGGUGCAGCGGUGAGAUGGGCCCAUUUAACCAUUUAAGGUGUAUGCUUGAACUGUACAUAAUACAUAUAUCUAUAUAUAUAAAUGCGAAAGCUCUCACUCACUGACUGACAAAUUCUCUUACUUCCCGAUAUGUUAGGAAGCUGAAAUGUAACAUAGGUAUUCUACAGGUGGGAAAUAGGAAAACUAUAUAAUUAGAAUUUUAAUAAACCUCCCCUAAGGGGAUGAACAGGGGGCUUACAUAAUGAUGUCAUUACCGAUGCGUGGCUUGCGUUGCGUGAACGAUAACGUCCAAACGGACAAUUGGAUCAAAAUUUGGAUUGCACCUCCAGUGUGUAGAAUUUAAUAAACUACAAAAAUGGUCCUGUCACUUUUUACUGUAUCUGCUACGGGUCCUCCGUGGGUAAAGCCAAGAACCACGGAUUAAUAUUUACUUACAUGAAGACGUUUCAAAUUUACAUCUCUAUAGAUUUACCAAAUUAUUAACACUCAUGUACAGCCGUGAAAAUCAGAAACUCCUGUGCUAAGAACCGGUAGAAUGGCUAGUGUAUAUAUAAACAUGGGUUUUCAGUGAACAUGCCUAUUAUGUAUUUUUAAAUAUAAUUAUACGGAAACAGAUCUUC